AUGAACAGUGAUCGCCACACCGGCUGGUCCCAGAUGGAAAUACUCAAACGGACCGUCGGCCGGCUCAAAUGGCAGCGGUUCGAGCGGCGGCUUCUACCGAAUCUGCUCCUAAUUUUAAGUGUGUGCGUGUGCGCGGUCAGCUGCAAUCGGGCACCGGUGUUCCUGAUCGACGACCACGCGGAGAUAGUGAUACGGCUGAAGGAACACCCGGACACACCGGUCGGGACGCUGAUUUACAGGCUGCGCGGACACGACGCCGACGGUGACCCGCUAACGUUCGGCGUGCAGAAGAGCGGCGACAGCCACAUUAUAAGACUGAAACAGAAUACCUCCAGCGAGGCGUACGUGUAUCUGAACCACGAGCUCGACCGGGAAACGAAGGAGGAGUACACGCUGAUCCUGACCCUAACCGACGGGCGCCUCGGCGAGGGCAACUACGUCACGCAAAGCUUCCUGCUGCUCGUGGAGGACAUCAACGACAACGAACCGAUCUUUAAACCGUUCGCGUCGGUCUUGGAGGUGGCCGAGGAUAGUCCGCCCGGCAUACUGACCACACUGGAGGCGACCGACAAGGACGAAGGUGCGUACGGCCAGGUGAUCUACUACCUCCAGGGGCUGAGCGAGGAGAACAACGUGUUCUCGGUGGCCACCGUCAACGGGAAGGGUAUCGUGCGGUUGGCACGGUCCCUCGACUACGAACGCCAGCACUUUUACCACAUCAACGUCCUGGCCGUGGACCGUGCAAUACAGGGGCGAAUCAAUACGGGGACGGCCGCAUUGCUCGUGCGAGUGAAGGACGUCGAGGAUCAGCCACCGGAGUUCCUGGUCACACAACCCGUCGUCCGGAUAUCGGAGGAUGCUCCCGUCGGCUCAGAAGUGAUGCGAGGUAAGCUGGAGCUGGAGCUUUUAAAAGCUGUGGAUGGGGAUCGAGGCAUCAACAAUCGGAUCGUGUACGGUAUAGCCGGCAACAAUGCCAGCGAGCUUUUCGAGAUUGACCGACUGAAGGGAUCGGUCAGGACCCGGCAGCUGCUGGACCGUGAAGACUCCGGCAAUCCCAUCAACGGUGCGUUCAUUCUAGAGAUUGUGGCCACCGAGCAGAGUGAGCUGAAGCCACCGCCUUCGGCUACGAUGGAGAUUACGGUUAUCGUGACGGACGUGAACGAUGAACUGCCGCGCUUCCGGAGCGACGCGUAUCGGUGCGAAAUUGUUGAGAACGCUCAGGAGAACACGCUGGCCACGUUCGUCGAAGGCAGCCUGAACGAGGUGUUUGACUACGAUCAGGGCACGAACGGCACGUUCCGCCUGUCGCUGCAGCCUCCGAGUGACAUCUUCGAGGUCACCCCGAGCCAGGCCCUUAACGAGGCAACGUUUGGCAUUCGCGUCAAGAACCCGGCCCUGCUGGACUACGAGCGGUUGCGGGAGGUAAACCUGACGAUCGUGGCGAGCGAAGUGGAGCUGGCCAGCCGUAGCAGUGCGGCUCGGGUGCGCGUGCGGGUACUCGAUCAGAAUGACAAUUUUCCCGAGUUUUCCCAACCAACGUACGAGAUCGACGUGCCGGAGAAUGUCACCAUCGGUACGGUGCUGGUGCAGAUUGAAGCUACCGACCGGGACUCGGGCACCUUCGGUACCGAGGGCGUCCGGUACACGAAUCUAACCGGCAGUAUCUCCCCUUCGCUGCACCUGGAUCCUCGGAGCGGGGUGAUAACGGUCACCUCGUUCGACGAUCAUCUGUUCGAUCGGGAGAUCGUCCAGAAGCACUACCUCUCGGUGGAGGCGCAAGAUAAUGGCGGGCGCGGGAACCGCAACACGGUUCAGCUGAUCCUCAACCUGAUCGACGUGAACGACAAUGCGCCGAUGUUUCUGCAGAAACAGUACGACGUGCGGUUGAAGGAGAACGCAUUUGAGUUUGAGUCACCGAUCGCGGUCGAAGCAAGGGACAACGAUCAGGCGGGGUCGCCCAACAGUGCGGUCGAGUAUCGGCUGCUUGACACGCGGCAUGCCGAACACUUCCAUGUGGGUCUCAAGACCGGCCGUCUCGCCAUACGGGAGGCGGUCGAUUUUGAGCAGCUGGACGGCGGUAGCGCCACGGAAACGACCCGGGCCAUCACGCUGACGGUGGAGGCAAGCGAUCGGGGAAGUCCACCGCUGACGGCAGAGGUUACGGUCACGGUGUACGUGCAGGAUGUGAACGACCAUGCGCCGGCGUUUCUGGAGUCACAGUACGCGAUCGAACUGCCGGAAGAUACGAUGAGCGGUUACCCGGUCCUGAAGGUGGUGGCCAUGGACGGCGAUGGAUCGUUUCCGAACAACCUGGUAAGCUACCGGAUCCAGCAGGGCGCCGAUGGGAAGUUCGUGAUCGGUGCGGAAACGGGCGAGAUUUCCGUCACGAGCGGCGCUUCGCUCGAUCCGGAUCUCCGGAUCGGUCCGGAUUCGGUGGCCAGUGGGACGUCGUACCUGUUGGAGGUGAUUGCCACCGACGGCGGCAACGGAGGUCAGCAGCUGCAGGGCUCGUGCUUGGUGAACAAUACUCCGGUCGGGACGGAGGUGUUCCGGCUGAUGGCCAACGAUCCGGACGAGGGUGCGAUGCUACGGUACUACAUCGACCGCAGCCAGUCAGAGGGCAAAACCGAGGAGGGAGUUCCGGUGAAGCUAGACGACUACGACUUUGCGGCGGCAUUCGUCCUGGACGCGGCGAAUGGACUGCUGAAGAUCUCGAAACUGUUGGAUCGUGAGAAAAUUUCCGAAAUCAAACUCGUCUGCAUGGUGGAAGACGUAGCCGCCGAGCGUGGCGACCAGAUAGCGAGCACCGUGCUGCGGAUAAGCAUCCUGGACGAGAACGAUAACAACCCACGGUUCCGGAAACCGUUCUACAAAUACUCGAUCGCCGAAAACACCCAGUACGGCGUGACGGUGGGCACGGUUGUGGCUGAGGACCCGGACAUCAACAAAACGGUCAAGUACAAUCUUGAGGGCGAGAAAGCCGUCCUGGAGCUGCUGCACGUUGACGAUCACACGGGCGAGAUAGUGGUGCGCAAUCGGAUCGACCACGAGGAGUUCGGUUGGCUCAACUUUUCCGUCCGGGCCACCGACUUUGGCAUCCCGUCGAGGGCGUCCUUCGUCGAGGUGUUUGUACAGGUGCUGGACGAGAACGAUAACAACCCGUACUUUGUCGACGGUGUCGGUGACUUUUACGUAUCGGAGAACGCCACCAUCGGCACGGAGAUAGUGGCCAUACUGGCGAAGGAUCUGGACUCGGGGGACUUUGGACGCAUCACGUACCUCUUGGAUCGCGUCAGCUCGAAGGAAAAGUUUAGCAUCGAUCCGGAAAGCGGCGUCCUGCGUGUGGCGGGCCCGUUGGACCGCGAGGACACGGAUCGGUACAUGAUGGCGGUCGAAGCGUGGGAUAACUACCCGUACGGUUAUCUGAACGGAGAAAGUCGGAACGCGUUCAAACACAUACUGGUCCACGUCUCGGAUGAGAACGACAACGUACCGGUAAUCCAGAAGCCAACCACCGGGUGCAGCAUGAUCACGGAGUACCACAACGUGAAUGAGCCGAUCGCGAAACUGCGGGCGACCGAUGCGGACGAUCCGACGACACCGAACGGACAGAUCAGCUUCGACAUCAACGAUGUUUCGGGCAUCUUCUACAUCCAGCAGACGGCGGCACAGUCGGCAGAGAUCUAUGCCCGUGGCCCGCUGAAAAAUCUGUGCGGCAACUACAGUCUCGAUGUGAUCGUGAGCGAUCUCGGAGCGGUACCGAAUAGCGCGCGAGACACCAUCGAGAUAUGUGUGGCGGAUUUCAACGAUCACGCGCCGGUGUUUGUGGUGCCCAGUGGCAACACGACCGUGAAGGUGUUUGAGAACACAACGGUCGGCAAGCCCUUCUUCCAGGUGCACGCGUACGACGAGGAUGUGGGCGAGAACGCCAUCGUCCGGUAUCGGUUACGGAUGGACUCGACGGGCAUCUACAAGAAGUUCUCCAUCGAUCGGGAAACGGGAGAGCUGAGUGUAGCGUCUCCGCUCGAUCGAGAAACGCAAAUGAUCUACGACUUGCGGAUCGAAGCAUACGAUCAGGGAGUACCGACGCCGCUCAGCAGCACCGUCGACCUCAUUGUGUACGUGCGGGACGUGAACGAUAAUCAGCCCCAGUUUUUGCUCAAAGAAAUUAGCCUCAACUUUACUGAACACACGACACCGGGUGCGGAAAGGAUACGGCUGCCCGAUACGAUCGAUCAGGACUACCUCGAUCCGCUCGACGGCCCACCGUCGACAGCCGUUUGCUACUACAUUGUGCAGGGCAACGAGGACGGGCACUUUGCGCUGGAUCCGGCCACGCACGACUUGACGGUCGAGAAGGAACUGGAUCGGGAGGUAAAGUCCCGCUUCAAGCUGCACAUCAAAGCCACGGAGGACUGUGCGAGGGGCAACCUCUCGGCGGAACCGAACGCUGGCCAUGUGGCCAGCCUGCUGAAAGCCACCGUCUACGUGAACGACAUCAACGACAACUCGCCGGUGUUUGAGUCGAAAAUAUUCACCGGCGGAAUCUCUACCUCGUUCCAGUUCGGUGCCACCAUCCUCCAGCUAAAGGCACACGACGCCGACGAUGGUCUGAACGGGCUGGUGCGGUACCAUCGGCACAGUGACAUACGCAAAACCCUCGCCGAGGGACUCGACGAUCUCCGGAGCGAUCCGUUUCUGGUCGACGCCGAAACGGGCCAGGUGGUGCUCAACUUUUUCCCCCAAAAGUCGAUGCGUGGCUACUUCGAUUUCUCCGUCACGGCGAACGACUCGUACGGGUGCUCCGAUCGGGCCCACGUCUUCAUCUACCUCAUCCGGGAGGACCAGCGCGUGAAGUUUAUCCUCCGCCAGCGGCCGUCCGAGAUCCGUCACAACAUUCACAGCUUCCGAGAGAUUUUGGCCAACGUGAGCGGAUGCAUUGUAAACAUCGACGAUAUUCGGGUGCACGAGAAUCCGGACGGGUCGGUUGACCGCACGAAGAGCGACAUGUUUAUGCAUCUGGUCGACCAGAAGAACAACUCGGUGCUGGAUGUGCACGAGGUGCUGCACCUGUUGGACCGGCACGUCGAAAAGCUUGACAGACUGUUUAAGGAGUUCAACGUGCUGGACACGCAAGCAUCGCAGCUCAUUCAGACACCGGAGAUGGACGAGCUUUCGGUGAACAUCGUUUGGCUGUUUGUCACCAACAUCGUGCUCGGUGCGCUGCUCAUCGUCGUGAUCGGGCUCUCGGUGUCGCAACGGCUCACGUACCGCCGACGGUUACGGGCGGCCAAAAUUGCUGCCUACGGGACGUCCGGACCGAGCCGGAUGUACCAGGAGGUGCUCGGAGCGGUCCCGAACACCAACAAGCACAGCGUGAAGGGCAGCAACCCGAUCUGGAUCGCGACCGGCGAAACGGGCACGACCGGUGAGCCUGGCGAGUGGCUCCGGGACGAGUUUGACAAGUGCAAGGACGCUAUCGACGCGCAGUACGAGCGUUCGCUCAGCUCCGGGUUCUUCAUCGACAACUGUCUGCAGUACGAGGUGUCACGCAGGACCGGCGAGGCCAACAAUGCGGCCAACUAUCAGAUCACCCAGCAGAUGACGGACACGGCCGCGUACGCCCGGAACCUCGAAACGACCGAGCUGUAA